CAGUUUGACUUCUGCGCAGACGUGGACGCGUUCAGUCAGCAGAACUUUUUCGAAAAAAAUUCAAACAUUUGAGCGCACAUUAAAUCAUCAAUUGGCAAAGCAAGCAUGAUUUUAAUGGCGAGCCGAAGACGAACACUUAACGAUUCCUUGAAUCGAAGUGUUUAACUGAGCAUUACUUUAAGUAAAUAAUCAUAACUGUCUCUUUCAACAACACAAAAUGCUGCUCAGCAAGGAUUCUAUGAGCACUCAAUGCAACCAUGUCAUUUGUUUAGCAAUAUUACCUCACUAAACUAAGGUCGAGUUUAUUGCGUCAUUCUUUAAAGAUGGGACGAGCAUUAUGGCUCGGGCAUCCAUUCUUCAUCGGCAUUGGUGUGGUGGCCUUCAUGCUUAUGAUUACAUGCUUUCACAAUACCACUCGGAGCACAAGAGAAACCCCUCGGAAGAGGGCACCUUCCAAAGUUGAGUGUCCAAUUUUGGGAAAACCCUCGCCGCCGGUGGGACUGCCGGAGCAAUAUGAAGUAAACGGUCAUCGCUGUCGGCCAAAGUACAACAUGGGCUUCCUGAAAACUCACCGGUGUGGCUCCUCAAGCAUACAGAACAUCCUCUUCCGCUUCGCCGCCCGCCACGAGAUCUUCCUCGUCCUGCCCGCGUCCGGCGAGUACAUCAGCACGGAGCCCUUCAGGGUGGAAGACGUCUGCCUGGUGCCUUCCUACCGCAUCGGCUACAACAUGCUGAACCUGCACACGCGCUGGAACCACGCCGAAGUGCGACGCAUACUACCCAAGGACACCGUCUACUUUUCGGUCCUGCGCGAUCCGGUCGGCCAGUUCCUGUCCAUGUUUCGCUACCUGGAGAUGGACCGGUUCGUGACGAUCGAGGCGUUCGCCUCCGGAGAGAUCCCCGAGCAGCGGCUGAGCGGCUUCUUCGGCCGCAACCAGAUGCUAUGGGACUUCGGUCUCAGCGCCGAGGAGCUCACGGACGAGCGCCGCAUUCGACAAAAGAUUAUCGAGAUCGAGCGCGACUUUGACCUGCUGCUGAUCGCCGACCGGAUGGACGAGUCUCUGGUGCUGCUGCGCGAGCUGCUCUGUUGGCCGCCCCUCUACAUGGUCAGCAUGCGGCUGAACUCGCUGAUGGCCUCCAGCGAGCUACCGGCCGGACAGGACACACGGACCCGCCUGGCCACCUGGCUGAAGGGCGACUACAUGCUCUACAACCACUUCUAUCAGCGGUUCGAGGAGCGCGUCCAGCGCUUCGGCGUCAACAAUAUGCGGAAGGAGGUGAAGAAACUGCAGGAUGAGACGAUGGACUGGGUCAACAUGUGUAAAAUCACGCGGAACGGGCCAUGGGAGCUACCUCCCCCUAAUCGCUGGUCAAGUGAACGCGUUUAUGGAUUUGUAGCACAAAACCAAUCAACCGAUUGUAAGACACUUGUCAUGAGCGAACAGCAGUGGGUGAAGCUGUUGCGGUCGGAAAUGGCCCAGUUCGUUCCUUGA